GACGUGGUGGUUCAAAUUGAGGAACAGCCUGCGUGCUUACUUGUCAGAGAAUAACGUUACUCUUUCAGGGCGUUGACGGGAAAGGACUUGAAAUGGACACGAAAAUUGGUCAAAAGGAGAAACGCAAGUUUGCUCCCCCAUUAGCUCGUGACAAGCAGCCUCAUGGAAAAGAAAAGAGCGAGGAUGGAGAAGACCAGAAAAAAGAAGUAAAAACCCAUGACGAGGUGGAAGAAAAGACGACAACAGAUACAGUAGAACAGAAAAUUGUUGGUAUCAAUAAGGCUACAAAUAUGAGUAAAAAGCACAAGCCUUUAGCAGGGCAUAGUAAGAAAGGCACAGGAGACAAAAACAUGGCAGAAAAGACUAAAUGUAUUACACAAGGUGGUCAAGCAGAGGAUAGACCUAUGGAGAGUUCCAUUGUAAGUAAGUCUCUCUCAGAUGAUGGACUAGAGAGGGAGGUCACUCUAAUAAAAGAGAAACAGGAGAAAGUGAAGAAUAAACAACAAGUACCUGCCACAGGUGUAGACAAGGAUGCAGAUGGGAUGCCAAAUAAAAACAAGAAUGGAUGUAUGCCCAAGAUCAAAGAGAAGCAGGCUCCAGUAGCAUUGACAGACAGUCAAUAUGAAGACAUCUUUGACAAUGUAUUGGGGGCUGCACAAUUGGAGACCUGCAUGGAGGAUGCCAGAGCCAUGCUGAGUGAGGUGGAGUUGUUGCAGGCCAGCAUAGAUCAGGAAGUUAACAAGACCAGGGAAGAGAGGGAGGUUGAGGAACAGGAGAUUUAUGAGGCCAGGACAGAGGAGACGCACCAUCGAUUCAAAGAGAGAGAAGAGAAAGGUUCAAAGAGUGGGAGCCAGAAGAGGAAAAGAGCGGAGGAAGAGGAUGAUAGCGAGGCAGAUGAAUAUGAUUCGUGGGUUCAGUGCAGUAGAAAAGAAUGUAGGAAGUGGAGAAGGCUGCAGGAUGAUACAGACCCUUCAACCCUACCCAAAAACUGGACCUGUAGAGAGAACACGGAUUUGGCAUGUAGCAGUUGUGAUGCCCCAGAGGAAAGUUGGAGUGUGAGUAAGGAGGAGGAGUUCUACUACUGCAGCCUAGUGCCUGGUUCACUGGUGUGGGCCCAACAGACUGGAUACCCCUGGUGGCCAGCCAUGAUUGAAAGAGAGCCGGUCACCAAUGACUUCCUACGGUUCAAGACAAGAAAAGAUCCCUUUCCUUGUAAGUGCCAUGUGACGUAUUUGGGGAGCCCAGCAACUCGUGCAUGGGUGCAGCGCUGUAGAGUAAGAGACUACAACGACCUUCAAGAGCAGACUGCCCUCAAUAUGGCGAGGCAGCAGGUGCAUAAGAGGAAGCUGAAGGAUGCAAUAAAGAUGGCUGGACAUGCACAGAAACUCCCUCUUCAGAAACGUUUGAACAGGUUUGGGUUUAUGGCACGCCGAGCAACAGAUGGAGAGAACUUGGAAGAGGAUAGUGACAUUGAAGAAAUUUUAGCGUUAUUUACAGAGUCCAAAAAGGGGAGUGAAGGGAGGAAGAGAGGAAAAGACUCUGGCAAUGAGGAGGUGUGGCGCCCACAGAAACUGAGGAAACAGACAGAAGAGAGAGUAGAGGAACCGAAAGAGGACGUCACAAGAGAAGCAGAGAUCAAGAGUGAAACGGAAACCACAGAGGAGGCAGGGAAGACAGAGAAUGAAGAGAACAAACAGGAGGAGUGGGCGGUGGUGGAGAAGAGUCUGAUAAAGAGACCUAGGAAGGGGGCAGAUCGAUACAGAGACAUUGAAAAUAAGGAGAAUGAGAAAGUGGAUGGGGAGAAUAAGAUGAAGAAGCCAGCAAAAGAUAAAAAGCAAAAGGAGAGAAUGAAGAAAGGGUUGGAGGAAGGAAAGAAGGGAACAGAGAAAAAGGAGAACCAGAAGAAGGGAGCCAACCUCUCAUGCAAGGAAGAGACAAUAGAUAGGUGUGAAGAUGAGAAGAUAGAAAAUAGAGUGGGAGAAGAGCAGCAACAGUGCCCAACCAAACAGUCAGAGAUGCAGGCUACACCUAGUAAACAAGAUGAGGAGAAGACUGGAAAUAAAGAUGGAAAGGUGAAGAAACAACAGCAGGGCCCUGUGAAAGAGUCAGGUGACCAGGCAGUACCUGAUAUUGCUGUGGAAACCAGUCCUGAUACAGUCUCUGGUUCACAGGAGGAAGGAAGGGAUGAGGUAGAGGAAACAGAGAUGCAGAGAGAGGAUACAGAACUGAUGCAGGAGGAAGUGGAUGGAGAGCAAAAAUCAGAGGGAGGUGCUCUAGUGGAGGUCGAGGAAAGCAUUGAGAAAUUGAGAGAAGAAGAGAAGGAUGGAGAAAAGGAAGCAAAGAAUGAGGCCGUAGUAGGAGAAGAGGAGGCAGAAGAGAGACAGGAGCCAGAGAAGUGUAUGAUCAAGGGUCUGGGGUUGAGUGAUGAUGAUGGUGAUGAUUUCCUGGACACAGACCUGGACAUUAUGGCCUGCAGGGAUGACCUGAUGAAGAGACUCGCUUGUGCUGAAGAAGAAGAGGAGGAGGAGGAGGAUUUCUCCACCAUACUCUUUGAAGAGUAGAGGUGACUAACCGUACACACCACACUUAGGUGCAGUACAGACUUCACAAAUCCUCAAAUGUACCUCUGGCAGAUAGAUAUCUAGAUCUCUGAUUGCUCUUUUUCACUCCUCCUCUCUUCCCCACACUUUCUCCUCAUUUGGCUCUGGUGGUCUCACACUCUUUAUAGAUGUGAGUGUCUUCUUUCUUUUACUCUAGUUACACCAGACCCUUAAUCUUAAGGUUUUGAAACGUUCAAACACUUGUUCAUGUUCAUGUUCAUCUAUCUCCAUUUACGAUUGUUUACUGAAAUAUUGCAAUGAUUUGUUCACAUUAUUUAUUUGUAAUACAUUUUAGAUACA